AGAGGCAGUGCGAGGGCAACGCCUCACAGCACCGGGAAUCUCUCUCUAUCUCCAUCUCUCUCUCUUUCCCCUCCUCUUCUAUCUCUGAAGCGUAAAAACCAAAGGACUCUCAUCUCCCAUUCAGUCUCCUUUGUAUGUAGCUGAGGCUGCUCUUAUAUUUCUGAGCCUCUCUUUCUCUCACUGUUCAAAAUUCUCCUUCCUUUUUCCCUAAUUUUGCUCCUUCCACCAGCUAAAGGAUGAAUUGAUGACCACAAACCAGGAUUAUUUUUUGUCACUCAUUGUGUCUUUAGGACCUUCAGCAUCUUUUACUGGAGUCAUCUUUGUUCUUGUGCUCACAGCUGCUGAGUGUACUGUGGCUGCUAGUGGGGAAAUAGGUUAGUGUGCCUGUUCAGUGCCGGGUAGCAGAGGUGAUUGAAUGUUCUGUGAACGGUGGAGGCGAAGAGGAGGGGGAUGCCUUCCUGGCGGUAGUGCUCUGUAGCCCUGCGACCACUCGGGCAGAGAAGGUGACCUGGGAUGCUGCUGCUGAACUCCGACCUUUAGCCAAAGUGUCAGUGACGAAAUUCAGUGCAGACAAAGGGAAAAAGCAAGAUUUUUUUUUUCUCCAUUCAUUUUUGCUGUUGUGAAACAGACCUGUGCGUCUGCUGCGUGUGGACACCAUGGACAUCAACCUUCAGUCGCACCGAUUUUACUUCCCCCAGAUCUACUGUGCUGAACCGGGACCGGGGGCGCAACCACAACUCACUGAGUUUAAAGUCAGUGAGCAGAGUAUCUGCCAGGCGAGGGCCUCGGUUAUGGUCUACGAUGACACCAGUAAGAAGUGGGUGCCCAUCAAACCUGGACAGCAGGGAUUCAGCCGCAUCAACAUCUACCACAACACUGCCAACAACACCUUCAGAGUGGUGGGCGUCAAACUGCAGGACCAGCAGGUGGUUAUCAACUACUCCAUAGUUAAGGGCCUCAAGUAUAACCAGGCAACUCCGACCUUCCACCAAUGGCGGGAUGCCAGGCAGGUUUAUGGCCUCAACUUUGCCAGCAAGGAGGAGGCCACCACCUUCUCCAACGCCAUGCUCUUUGCCCUUAAUGUCCUCAGCGCUCAGGAUGGAGGUCCAGCUGUCCAGCGCCAAGUCCAGAAUGGCCCUACUACAGAUGAGAUAGAAGCUCAGAGAGCAAGGCAGAUGAUGGAGCAGCAGCAGCAGAUGCAGGCACACAUGGAGCGGGAGCGACGGUCGUCCAACUCAGGUUCUCCUUUCCAAGGCCACCCUGCUGUGCUCUCUGUGGCCCCCCCAGUAGUACCUCCUCCAAUGAACAUGGGUGGUCCUCCUCCACCUCCACCACCGCCGGGUCCUCCACCACCUUCAGCAGGGGCACCCCAGCCUCCUCUCCCACCUCCACUUCCCAUGGGUGGUGGGAUUCACGGGGAUGAGCCCCCCGCCCAAACCGGCCUUGCUGCUAUGAUCGCUGGAGCCAAACUGCGCCGCGUUCAAAGACCUGACGACAGCUCUUCAAGCGCCAAAAAUGAUGCCAACAGAACAAGCGGGGGAAGCGGAGGGCUGAUGGAGGAGAUGAACGCUCUGUUGGCACGAAGAAGGAAAGCAGCCUCAGAGAAGCCCGAGGACAGUCAAAAUGAUGAUCCAAAUUCUCCGUCACCCAGCACCCGGAGUGGACAGAAUGCCACAGAUGGUGCGAAGAAGCCGUGGGACCGAGCUAACUCUGCAGACAGGUCAAUGGCUUCAAGGUUACGGCCCGUGGGGGGUGGAAGUGACACAGACUCAUUAGACCUUGAUAGAAUGAAACAGGAAAUCUUGGAAGAGGUGUUUCGUGAAUUGCACAAAGUGAAGGAUGAAAUCAUUGAUGCCAUUAGACAUGAACUCAGUCGAAUUAGCACGACAUAAUCUUUCAGAGCCACUCCCAGACAUGAACCACCUUUUUGAAACAUUGCCCCUGCAGCAGCUGCUGUGGUCCUGAGGAGGAAGAGGGGAAGGAGGAGGAGGAGGAGGAAAAGUCAGGAACGGAGGCCCAAACUGUGACAUCUACUCAUUCUGUCCGGCUGUGGUGUUGAAGCAACGCGGCAACGUUGCUGUAACACCUCAGACAUGUCUGUGUAACGUUUGGUUUGUUUGUCUGGAGAGAUGGACGUGAAUGGGGCACACUCUCGCACUGAUUACUCUGAUUUCUUAACAUUUUCUGUCUGUUUGUUAGCCCAGUCCGCCCCUCUGUCCUCAGCCUAAAGGAAAAUGGAUAAAAUUCUUAAGAUUUCAUUUGUUUUGCUUUUUUUUUUUCUUCACAGGUUUGUUUCAUUUUUAUUAUUAUUGCUAUCAUUUUCAUUAUUAUUACUAUCAUUUUUAUGAUUGUCAAUGUAAUGUUAACAAUAAGUAGUAGUAGUGUAGUGAGUGCAAUGGUAAUAAUGAGGAAAUGAUAAUGAGAUUAUGAUAGUAAUGAUAAUGUUGACCAUUAUUAUUGCACAUCAUUUUAUGUCAGCCUUUUGUAUUUUGUAUUGGUUGUUUUCAUUUGUUUUUUUUGUUUCUUUGUUUUUGUUUUAGAUACAGUUGCAAGCACAUCCAAAAAAUGUUUGCUCAUCAUGUUAACUGAGAACAUUUUUUAAAGGUUUUUUAUCCUUUUCGCCAACACAGCUAUGUGUGGAACCAUGGCAGAAAAAAACAGGCUCUGACCUGAACUUGAGGGUGGAAUAAACUUCUUUGGAUAUUGCAAUCUUAUAAACAAAACAACAAAAAAAUUAAAAUAAUACACCAGAGUAUUUGUGAUCAUGUUGUUAAUAAAAAUGUUUAUUGGCUGCAAGGAUAUGGUGAAGUAUUGUUCAUUUUAUUCUCUCCUUUUAUGACAAAGUGCUUCCUGGUUUGACAACAACAACAACAACAACAAAAAAACAAAAAC